AUGACUUCUAUGAAAUCGAAACCAUACGCCAUAAGAGGCUACGCAAGGGGCAUUUUGCUAUGUUUGGCAGGCGUGGAUGGCCUGAGACUGCCAACACUUGGGGAGCCUCUUGAAAAUCUACAGUCCGUUCCUGAUCUCCUUUAUGCUUUUGAGGACAGCGCAAGCCUGUCGUUCAUCACGCCCAAAUCAAGAAGCACCCCUAACUUUCUACCACUUCUUAUAGCCUUAGACAUUUUCCAACUCACAACCCCCAUCCUCAAGCACCCAUCUUUUAUAAGAAAACAUGUUGCUGUUAAAAUCAUUUCCAAGGCGAAGAUUUGCGAUGGACUUCCCGUAGAGGAUGUUAUACGUGAAGAUUUAUCAUCUAGAAACUCUGGAGCAUCUGCUAUCAAUUUCUGGGAGAAGCCUAAUAUUGGAGCAGAAUGUGCUCUCUAUGGUGCUACUACUGGUGCUUUUAGGAAGUUUUCUGAUGGUCAAUGGGUUCAUGCUCUCUGUUCCAUUCAUUAA